AUGAACCAAGUGAAUGCGAGAAUAUCUGUGUUCAUCCUGCAGUCUUUCUUCAUAAGUAUGUUCUAUAUGUGCAGGCAUACAUUCCACUUAUUGAGUUCAACACCGACGGAUCUUGUUGACUGCAAAAAAGAUGCAAUCGACAAACCAUCAAAGCGAAAUGCCAAUUCAAAGAACACGAGUCAAAUUCACCAAUGCAUUCGGGUCUCCAUGCGUAUGUGUCGUUGGGUGGGAUGGUUCCCUGUGGAGGGACUGGAUAAACCUACAAUAUCUGGGCUCAGGUAUAACGUAAAAGGAUUCUACGGUAUAUAUCAUUUAGCUAGUUUAUUAAUUGCCUUAGUGACGGCAAUAUUUAAUGUUUUAUAUAUUUUAUCAGAUCUAUCGUUGGAAACUAUUUAUGCCUUUUCUCAAGAAGACUUAAGAGGUAUCAAAAUGAAAUGUAUAUCAAAUACUCGUGUUCGUAGUCUUGUCGGGUAUCAACAAAUGACAUUUAUUUGGAGUUUCUUUGAUAUUUUGAUAAUUUGCUUCAGCACUUACCUUACCUCAUAUUUUCAAGAUUUGAAUACAGUCAUAAAUAACCGUAAAAACAUACCCUGGGAACGCCUCCGCAUACAUUACCUCCGCUUGGUAGAUAUGGUGGAUCAAGUGAAUAAUUUCUUUCUAAUCGGUUAUUUAUUUGUUCAGGUGCAACGUUUUCGUAUGCAAAUUAAGUCAAAUUCUGUGGCAUUGAGUGGGAUAUUGUUCCCUAUAACUCGUUCGAUGCUACUUCAGAUUUUUGCAAGCGCGCUCACUUACGAAAUAAUAAUGCUACAGUUUCACUAA